AUGAUGAUGAUGAUACGCCGUGUGAUGUGUGUGUUGGCCGUUGUGCUGUGCUGUGCCUGCGGGUGUACCAUGACGGCUGCUGCUGAUGUGUCCUCACCCACCGCUGUUGUUCCUAUUGCUGACGAAUCAUCUACGGCGAUGGCGUUUGGUGGUGGUGAUAUUUUAAGGUAUCAGAUGCGUAAUAAAACGGGUUUUUGGCUUGACAAUAAGGCGUCUGUUGAAUCAACUCCAAUGAGUGUUCCCCAUGGUCACGAGAGCACUGGAACAAAUAAUUUGGGAGAAGGAAAUGUUAUCUCUAAUGGCCAUUCAGAUGCUGAGGGUCGUACAUUGGAGGGUAAAGUAUUGUCCGAAGAGGAGGAAUUGCACAAAACCUCUCCUCAGGGCACAGGAGAGGCAUUAACGUCUAAGGUAGACCAAACUGAAGUUGUGGAACCUCCCAGUGUUUCAGAUCCUACUGACCAACAAGAAGAAAAACAAAAACAACAAGGAUUACCUAAUAGAGAUGACUCCUCUUCUCUUUCACCUACUGUGAACACUGGUGCUGGGGAUAGUAGUGGACCAGGUACAACAACAGUGGCUGGACCCCAAUCUGGUGAAAAAGAAGAUACCCCAGAGAGAUUGAAUACACCCGCACAACCUACAACUUCAACGAAUUCUUCUGCGAGUGCACCUGGAGAGAGCAGCACACUUUCAACAUCUUCCACUAACAACAGUAACGGUAACAGUACUUCUGGCGCGGCCACGGGUGUGAGUGCGAGAGCAGACACAGAAGGAACCAAUUCAACUACUACCCCUAAGGCAGUCCCAGAGAUUAACAGUAUUGCAUCCAUCGCACAGAAGAACAAGGGUAAUGUUGACAGCAGCAGUAUCAGCCCCGUUUGGGUACGUGUGCCGCUACUGAUUGUGGCUGUGUUGUUCUCCGUUACCGUGUACUGA